CAGCGGGAAGUGAACGGGGGAGGGUCUGCCGCUCGCAGCGGCUCACAAUGCGUCUUUCACGGCGUUGAACCGCCUCGCAGGACCAUGAGCCAACUUCGCCGGCCGCCUCGACACGGAACGAGCCGCUCUUGAGGUCCGAGAACGAGUCCCUUUUUGGCGGCGGGGAGAAAAUGAAGCAGCCGAGCUCCCUGCUCCGAGUCGCGGGCUUGACUGGGAAAUGGUAGCGCGCUGUGGGAACCGCACUGGGCAGGAUCAUGGUCGAGAGGAGCAGCAAAUUCUUGUUGAUCGUCGUCGGAUCCGUGUGCUUUAUGCUGAUCCUCUAUCAGUACGUGGCUCCGGGGGUGAUCAGUUUCGGCUCCCCGCACGGUUAUUUCACCGAGGAGGACGAGGGGGACAUCUUCCCCACUCCGGACCCCCACUACGUUAAGAAAUACUACUUCCCAGUCAGGGACCUGGAGAGGACGAUCGAUUUCCAGAUCAAGGGGGAGGACGUGAUCGUGUUUUUGCACAUCCAGAAGACCGGGGGGACUACCUUCGGUCGGCACCUGGUCCAGAAUGUCCGUCUGGAGGUUCCCUGCGACUGCAGACCGGGCCAGAAGAAGUGUACCUGCUACCGGCCGAACCGCAAGGAGACCUGGCUCUUCUCUCGGUUCUCCACCGGCUGGAGCUGCGGCUUGCACGCCGACUGGACCGAGCUGACCAACUGUGUGCCGGGGGUCCUCAACAAGAAGGAGAACAAGCAGAAAACUCUGAGGAAGUUCUACUACAUCACUCUGCUGAGAGAUCCUGUGUCUCGCUACCUCAGCGAGUGGAGGCACGUGCAGCGAGGAGCCACGUGGAAAACCUCUCUGCACAUGUGCGACGGACGAACUCCGACGCCCGAGGAGCUGCCUUCCUGUUACGAGGGGUCGGACUGGUCGGGGUGCACGCUGCAGCAGUUCAUGGACUGUCCAUACAACUUGGCCAACAACAGACAGGUUCGAAUGUUGGCUGACUUGAGCCUGGUCGGCUGCUACAACAUGUCCACAGUUCCAGAGAAGAAGAGGGCCCAGCUGCUCCUGGAGUCAGCCAAGAAGAACCUGCGAGACAUGGCUUUCUUUGGUUUGACCGAGUACCAGAGGAAAACCCAGUUCCUCUUUGAACGGACCUUCAGGUUGCGCUUCAUCAGGCCUUUUAUGCAGUACAACAGCACACGAGCCGCAGGGGUGGACUUGGACAACACCACGGUGCAGCGUAUCGAGGAGCUGAACGAGCUGGACAUGGAGCUGUACGACUACGCCAGGGACCUGUUCCAGCAGCGCUACCAGUACACGCGGCAGAAGGAGCGGCGGCAGCAGCGCAUUAAGAACCGUAUGCAACAGAGCCAUCAGGGCCUGGGCCUCGGCGUCAGUCUGUGGCCCUCCCGCGGCCGGACGAUCUCAGAAUCCAUGCGGGAGGACGGGGAAGGGGAGCGGUUGGAGAGGGAGGAGCGGGAGGACGGUGAAGAGGGAGGCAGAACGGAGGAGGCGGGCAGCAGGCUCCCCACUGAGGACUACAUGAACCAGAUCAUCAACCGCUGGUAGCAGCAGAACGAGAACAAGCAGGACAUGCAUAUAUAAUGUGAAAUCCACGCACUCUUUACAUCCACAGGAAGCGGCGCCUGCUUCAGCAGACCCCAAAACGAAUGGCAGACCAGCAGAGACUGGGGCAGCAGGAGUCUGAGUGGGUUGCUAUAGAAACCGGAGCCUGGUACAUUGCAUCAGCUCUCGUUAUUGAGCUUUGCCCAGUCGUUAUUGUCGCCUGCUUGCCCUUUCCCCCCGCUCUCCUCGUUUCCUGCUGCACCCAAUCAUCAUUACUUCUCGGGCAGGAAAGCGAAAGAGGGGGGGGGGUCAUUUUUAAAAGUUGCUAACAACGGAGACUCCCGCGCUCCUCCUCCAGUGUUCCUUGCAUUUUCUGUGGCCUGACAUGAGAACUCGAGUCUUCUGUAGUUCUGGCCGAACGGGCCGGCCUGCCGUCUGGAGCCUCCAGUUUCAGACUGACUGGGAAAGAGAAAU